CCCCCCCCCCGCUCCGGCCCGCGGCCCGCGACUCCCCGCACCAUGGCGGCAGAGCUAGAGGAAACCGAUCUGCCCCUGGGCGAGGCGGAGGAGGCGCCGCUCUCCCCGGAGAAGAAAGCGGCUGCUAAGAAGGCGAAAGGAGGCGGCGGCGCCUCGCUGUCGCCAUCGAAGAAAAGGAAGAACAACAAGAAGAAGAACCAGCCGGGCAAAUAUAGCCAGCUAGUGGUGGAGACGAUCCGCAAGCUGGGCGAGCGCAAUGGCUCCUCGCUGGCCAAGAUCUAUAACGAGGCCAAGAAAGUGGCCUGGUUCGACCAGCAGAACGGCAGGACUUACUUGAAGUACUCAAUCAAGGCGCUGGUACAGAACGACACGCUGCUCCAGGUCAAGGGCACCGGCGCCAACGGCUCCUUCAAGCUCAACAAGAAGAAGCUGGAAGGCGGCGGCGAGGGGGGCGCGGGCAACAGCGCCCACAAGUCCCUCAAGAAGGCGACGGUCUCCUCGACCCGCCGGGCGGAGAAGCCGGCGGCCAAAAGCAAGAAGCCCGAGAAGAAAUCGCACAAGAAGGGAGCCGGCGGUGGGGCGGCGAAGAAGGACAAGGGCAAAGCCAAGAAGGCCACCAAGAAGGGAGCCGCGUCCCCCGGGGGCAAGAAGGUGAAGAAGUCGGCAAAGCCCAAGGCGCUCAAGAGCCGGAAGGCAUGAGCUUGAGGCGCAGGGAGCCUCCCGCCGCCCCCCGGACUGAGAGCCCCGCGGCACAGACUGCUCUGAGGACAGACCCCAGGGGACCCGCUUUGUCUUUGUGUUGCUGACUCGCCUCCGCAGCCACCGCCGUGCGCGGUGAGCGGGGCUGCGGCUGCCCCAGCCCCCCCUUCUCCUUCUCUGCCGCCUUAUUUUUUUCCACCCCCUCCUCCCCCCAUCCCGCUCUGCAGCUUUUCCCCGAUCGCGCCCUUUUGUUUUCGGCCAUGCCCCUCCCCGCCU